UCCGAGCCCCGCCCCUCAUGCAGAACGCUACUGACGUUACAUGUCUAGAAGAAGUUGAAUACCAAAGGAUUAAGUAUUACUCGUCGUAUUUUAAGGAUAAGAAAACUGCUGUUAUUAUUAUCUGAAGAGAAAACUAUAUUAAGAUGAGAAAAGGGAAACACUGCAAAUUUGAAAAUGGCUUAGCCUAGAUCACUGAUCAAAUAAAAGAAAGCGUACUGUCAGAACAGCAAGAUCCAUUAUGGCUCCCCAUAACGGAUGUUGGGCAAGUGAGCUUGACAGAUGUAAAGGUGAACACAUGAUCAAAAACGAUACUGCUAUAGUCGAACAGUUCCCCAUGGAUCAAAGAAGACUGCAGAUGCUGAGACAUGCUGAUGAACUUAAAACUCCUCAUGAUCGUGAGGCUGAAGUUGAAUUUAUUGUGAAACAGGAUACCCCAGAUAUAAUUCUCUUGGAGUAUUUGCUCGAGUUUGGUACUGUAGUCAAAGAUACAUUGCUGAAGUGUGCUGUAUGCAAGGGACACGUAGAUGUUGUGAAGAUAUUGCUGGAUCAUAGAGCAGACAUUAAACUUGGUGAUGCCUUUGAAUGGGCUGUCAUUGGUGGUAACUUAAAGAUGAUAUCUCUUUUAUUAAAACGGGGAGCAGAUCCCAAUCACUUCAUCAAGUUAUUUGUUUACAAGGGUUUUGUUUUGGGUAUCGCUGUAAUGAAAGGACGUAUCUGUAUGGAUAUACAUGUAAUGAAAGAGCUGCUUGACUAUGGAGCUGAUUUAAAAGAAGGCGUUGUUUACACUGUUAGAGGCAGCAAUAUGGAAAAAACAAAAGAUAUGCUCGAAAGACCUGAUCAUAAAAACAAUACUGUGGUCACACCAUGUGCCUUGAUGGGUGUACUGAAUCACAACUUAAAAGAAGCUGUAUUUGGUCGAUGGAAGGACAUAGAACUGACAAUAAAUGUGCAGCACAUAUCCUUCAAUGGCAUAACAAGUAAAUGGACACCCAACUACCAUCCCACUUUCAGCAAAAUUUCUGUACUACUAAGCUACAAACUUGACACAAGUGGAAAAGAUAUUCACAAAAAGAAAUCUUGGAAAUCAAUAUUCCAGCUCUGGAGGAUGGAGACAUGCUAUCAUUUCUGGAAGCACGUGAGAGAGUUUCUCUCAGAAAAUGCACUUGAUGAUGAAGUUAUGCCUGCAAAGAUGGUAAAGAUAGAUUUUCCUAGAGAGAGAGAUUUUCUGAGUUUAUAUUUGAAUUUGGAAAGUACAAAAUGCAAAGAACAAAAACAGUCAUGUUUUGAAAACAGCAUGUAUGAAAAUGACGAUGAAAACAAUGUUAUUGAAAAUAACAAUGAAGACAGUUUUGGUGACAAUGACGAUGAAAAUGAUGCUGAUGGAAAUGACAAUGAAAACAAUAGUGAUGAAAAUGACAAGGAAAACAAAAGUGAUGAAAAUGACAAAGAAAACAUUGUUGAUGAAAAUGGCAAGGAAAACAUUGUUGAUGAAAACGGCAAAACAAACAUUAUGGAUGAAGAUGACAAAGGAAACAAUAUGGAUAGAAAUGAUACUGAAAACAGUGUCGAUGAAAAUAGGGAUGAAAAUGACAUUGAUGAAAAUGACACUGGAGUUUCAGGUUAUGAGGAAUGCACAUGGGAUGAAGAAUACCCAGAUGUGGAGAAGCUACUACCUAGCAAAUCAAUGCUGGAGGAAAGUGACCAGAAUCUUCAAGGUUUUGAAAAUGAAAACUCAUACACAAAUGAACGAUAUGAAUCCUUUGCAGAUUUACACAAGCGCUUGGAAACUUUCCUUUUUGUAAUACAGGAAGGUAUUGAUUUGGAAUUGCUAGCUUGUGCUGGUUUUUUCAAUACAGGAGAGUCUGAUGUCUUAUGCUUCUGUUGUGGCGUUGAAAUUGGCUUUGAGGAAAUCACUGACAAUCCAUGGAAAGAACAUGUUAAAAGAAGCCCAGGAUGUGCUUAUCUCAGCAGAGUGAAUAGAAGAAGCCCAGGAUGUGCUUAUCUCAGCAGAGUGAAUAGAAGAGUGAAUGUCGAGCAAGAGUUCAAAGAGGGAAACGAAACCAAACAUUCUGAAAUGCAUCCUGCUGAUGUGAAAGGGAAAAUAGAUUUGAUGCGUGAAAGAAAAUUCUUGGAUCCUCCUGAUGGAGGCAUUGGAAUAUGUGAAGCUGACUUUAUGCAGAAACAUAAUGAUUUGGAAAGUCUGAUAUUGUUUGAUGACAAAGACAGGAAUGAAAGAGGAAAUAUCCUGAUGGUUAAAACAAAGCAUUUCUUUAAGGGCAUAAGUGAUAUGGAAUUCCAUCAUCAGAAAGUUGUAAAUAGGAGAUUAAUACAGAAGACAUCAAAGGAAGCAUUGGAACUCAUUCGACCCCUGCGACAGCAGUCGUAUCACACACAAUUAUUUAUCUAUAUUGUACAAGAUGUGAUGUCACGGCUGUCCAGCUUUAGUCUUUGGCCCCAUCGUAACAUCCGGACUGGUCCUUUAGUGGAGGCAGGUUUUUCUUGUAAGGAUCCCCAAACAGCCACUGUCAAAUGUACAGCAUGUGGAUUGGAGCUGAAUGUAUCCACUUUGAGUGGUACAACUCCACUGGAGUACCAUAAGAAAAAUUCUCCUGAUUGUGAAUUCUUCCACGAACCAAAGUUACAAAAUGCUGAUGGCGAGCAAGUCAGAACUUCGACAAGUUCGUCAAACACUCCAUCUUUGUCCGUCGAUAGCCAUGGAGCUACGGCCUAUGCUGACCCACAAGUUUCACUGGAUAGCACACAAACUGGUGAUGCUGGAAGACCUCAAUCAAGAAGUAACCUGAAAGAUAAAGAUUCAGUCACAAAAACACCACCAGGACAUGAUAGAAAUGUAUUCAUCGAUAAUGCACCGUCAAUCAAUAAUCCUAGACAAACUGAUAGUUCAUCUUCAGUAUUUGGAAAUAAUGGAAUAGUUUCAUCGGACCCAAUCAUUGCAGAUCGUCCCAGGACUGGGGAAGUGUUUGAUCGGACUGCUUUGGCUGUACCAAAUACUAACAAUGUCACCUCCAGUGGGGAAGCUGUAAGAGAGAUCGAAAACACCAUAUUGGGUGCUGAAGGCGGUAAUGCACCUUACCCGAUACGUAAUGCACGGUAUACAGAACAGAACGCCCGUCGUGAAUCAUACACACAUUGGCCACAUCGCAGAGCACAUGACAUAGAUCUUCUUGUGAAUGCCGGCUUCUUUUACACAGGAGCCGAAGAUAUUGUGCGAUGUUUCUAUUGUGACAUCGGACUUGCAGAAUGGAAUCCAGAUGAUGACCCCUGGGUAGAACACGCCCGUCAUAGUCCUGAAUGUCCAUACCUUAGAGUCCAAAAAGGUCAAGAUUACAUCAACAACAUUCAGACACAAUGGGCAAAGAUUUACACGCCUAAACAUCCACAACAUUCACAAGUCGAUGAAAGACGUAGGACGUUUCGAAAUGAGAAUUGGCCCAGAGAUAAUGUAUUGCAGUCUCCUGAACUGCUUGCUGCCGCUGGUUUCUUUUACACAGGAGAGGGCGACACUGUAAGGUGCCACUACUGUGAUGGAGGCCUUAGGGAGUGGGAACCCGCAGAUGAUCCCUGGGUAGAACAUGCCCGAUGGUUUCCGUUUUGUAAGUUUGUGUUGAAGAUAAAAGGCAUCGACUUCAUCCAAGCUUCUGCCACUGGAAAUCCUGGAAAUGGACUCCAGGCACCGGCCGCUCCACCAGUAGCACCACAUGCCAGUGAACCUCCUCAGGCAUUAAGCUUUGUCGAUAGCUGUAGAAUCAAGGAACAAAGAAACCCAAUGUAUUCCGCUGCAGCUCAGAGUCUGAAGAGCAUGGGUUACUCGAAGGCGACAAUUCGAAUGGUUAUUGACAGUUACAUUGCUCAUACUGGGAGACGAGACUUCAAGGCUACCGACUUGAUGGACAUUAUCAUGAGGAUGGAAGAUGCUGGUCAGCAGUUCCUGGAGAGUGAUUUGGAGGACGAUGAUGACAAAAUAGGUGCAACAGCCAGCCAAGCAGCUGCUGGAGGAUGUGAUGAGGAAAUGGAACUCUCUGCCGCAGCGAUGAAAAAAGAAAACGAAUACUUGAGAGAGAAAUUCAAGUGUAAGGUUUGUGAUAAGAACGAACGCUGCAUUGUUUUUGUGCCCUGUGGGCAUAGGAUAACAUGUCAGGGUUGUGGGGAACAGGCAAGUACCUGUCCUCACUGUGAUAGUAAGAUUGAACAGCGAUAUAAAACCUACCUUGGUUAAUGAAGAAGCGUAACAGUGAAAAUACAUUUUUCACUUAGCUGUUUACUCCCUUGGUGAUUGACCAAUUGCCAAUGGAUGCCAGUAAAAGAGGCAAUUUCAGCAUAUUGACUGUUACAACAUGACCUGGUAAAAUACAUUAAAAAGGAAAUAUUGCGUAGUAAUGCUAUCAUAUGUUAACCAUUUGUGUAGAAUGAUGAAAAAUAUUAAUCUUACCAAAGCAAACAAUAUUUUCUCUUCUUGAAUGUAUUUUAUUAACAAAUCAUGUCCAGAGCUGAAAGUGUUAGAUAAAAAUUGAACAUUUACUUAUAUCGUCCAUCUAAUUAUUGGACUCUGUGUAUUUUGUUUUUUUUUAAAAUCUGAUUUACACCAUUAUAGUAAAAACAGACAAACAUUUUCGUUGUACAUGAUACCACCUAUUACCUAAUCCUAGUUAUGUGAUGUUUUGAUAUUCUUCAAUUAAUAAUAUUUAAAAAGUCAACAUAUCAUAUUCAUGUCUAGUCAACAAGUACAUCUCAGGUAUAUUGUGGACUCAUUUUCUAGGUAUUCUUUUGAUUUUUUUAGAAGGCAGCACAUGCUACUGAAAUGUAUUUCAGCAUUAUGCAUUAGAAUACCAUGACUUUAUGAUAGGGGGAAACCAACACACCAUGGUACUACUGGAAAUUACCUGACCUAUGAAAUAGCAGUGAUAUUGUGUCGACAAAAUAGUAAUUCACUGUUGCUAUGACAAUCCACUGAUUGUCAGGAAUACCACAGAAAAUGUCUUUUCGAGAUAUAAUGUUGUAUUCUGCAGUGAUAGUGAAAUGAUCUCCGAAUGAAUAAGGAUAAUGCUGUGUCUACUAGAACAAUAAGAUUAACGUCAGUGAUUUAAACCAAGCAAAAGAGACAUACUGUAGGCUUCCAUUAUUUCAAACAUUCUCAUCUUUUUAACGAUUUUAAUAAUCAAACGGUUUGAAUUGAAAAUGAUGAUGUUCUACAUAGUGUAUGUUUAUGGAUGUAGAAUGUACGGCAUUAUCAAAAAAUGAUAAAAGAAAUCUUAAGAUCCUGCCCUAUGAUGCUAAAAAUCAUACAACCUCAGAAUAUACAUCAUGCAUCUUGAGAUGAGACUUUCUCAAAUUAUGGGAUUUUUAUAUUUAUUCGGUGAAACUUGAAUAUCAGUUAAACAAAAGGUAAUGUCAAGCUACAUAUCUUGAAAAGAGCAUACAGAAAACUGAUAGCAUGCUGUUCCUUAGAAAAUACUUCUGAAUGACUGUAGAUGUAUAGAAAUGUCAGCAGCAAUAUUCAUUGAGCCACUGAGAGAGGACAACAUGAGUGAAAUAUAAUUAAGUGGUAUCAUGUUUUUUUUCUGUCCAACACCAUUUAUUGGUAUGAUGGCUUCUUGUCGCAGUAUAAUAGUUUUUUUUCACUUUAUGUUAUGAAAAUUGAUUUAUAUCAUCGUAAAUGAACUCUUUCAACAUCCAUCAUAUUUACUUAAAAGUUCAAAGGCACAUGUAGGCUUACCGAGACUUUGGUUUCUGUGUAGUUGUUUAACCUGGAAUAUCACCUUAACUGACAUGAGUUGUCCCAGCAAUAGCAUUUGACUAUUUUUAGUUGACACUGACUCACUGUCAUUUCCACAGAGAUGGUCAUUCCUUCUCCUCGGUAUCCCGAGCCUCAGCCAUACUGCCAUUUACAACGGGUGCUGACAUUAAACUGUACAGACUUUGGUAUAUGUGUCUUGACGCUGCCGGUAACCCUACCAUUUAGUUUAGAUCUAUAUAUUUUGUGUGAAAGAUGUGAAUGGAAGUAUGUUGAUUUCUUUAAUGUAUCUGUAUAUACUAACAAACUUGAAAUGAAGUAAACUGCAUUGUAUUGAGUAUCGGAGUGACAUAAUAACUUAUUUCAGAUGUCUGGUAUUAUCCUCUGUGACUUUCAAAGGACCUCAUUGUAAUAUGGAUAUUUUGUUGAUAUUUCAUCUCGAACUCAUUUUGGGAAUUGCGUUCGGUUUUUCAUGCUUUCAUAAUUGUCAUUAUUUUUGUUGUUCUGCAUGUGUGCUUUAUAGUGACAUUAAAUUCAGUAUAGUAUGUAGCAAAGUCAUGCGAUUUAGCCAGAACAACCACUCGUAUCAUAUGUACCAUCCAUUGUUCUUGAAAAAUGCAUUAUUUGUUCAACAUUAAUUCCCAUUAAUUUGGGAACUUACAUGUGAAUCAUGGUGGUUGUUUUUCAUAUUAUUUUCUCAUAUUGCAAAUACCACAAAUGUUUCAUCAUUCACAUUUUAUGCUUCAUUGCGUGCUUUAAAUGAAAAGUAAAAACUAAUUGCAUUCAAAUGUGUAAAUGUGAAUUCUGAUGAUUUUUGAUUGGUCAAUCUUUUUUAAUUGGUUGAUCUUAAAAGUUACAUAUUUAUUGAUGCUUUUGAAUUAUUUCUUACUUUUCAUUUUCAUGUUAUAUCAUCAUGGUUUAUUUACUACUUAGCCUGCAAUAUUUAUCGAUCUCAAUCUAAACAAAAUCAGGUUUGAUAGUUUUGUGAGUUUGCAAGUUCCUUCAUAAUAUAUUUGGAAAUAAACUUUAUUUCAAUUUUAA